CUCUCUCUGCCAAUCAUGCCUCUCACAGAGAGCUCAACUGCAGGAGCGGAGCAGAUGAAAUGGAGAAGACCCAGAACCCAAUUCAACCAACCCAUUUCAGAAACGGAUCCAGCCACCUCCCCCCUCCAGUCCACCCGCUGCAAAUCCACCAUCUCCUCCCUCCUCCUCUCCAGCUUCACCACCUCCACCAACAACAACAACGAAGCCUCACCCACAAGCCUUACCAUCAAGAAAAAGACAAACUUUCCCUCGUCGUCGUUCAGAGGCAUGGGCUGCGCCGCCUCCGCCUCGCAGCAAGUCUCGGUGCCGGAGGAGAUUCGGAACUCUGCCGAUUGGAAGGGAAAGAAGGUGAAGAAGAAAAAGGAGAAGAAGAGCGCCGCCGCCAAGGGCAGCGCAAGCAAUGAGAAGAAUGAAUACCGGGAUGUCGGUGAUGGCGGGCCCACCAUUGGUAUAAAUUCUGCAACUUGUAUGGAUUUUCAGGAUGUUUGGUGCGGCCCCGGAAUUGGGUUCUCGCCGGAAACUGCCGGCUCGGUGGAUUGCGUGGUGGCGAGGAGGAAUGUCUCCGGCAGAGGCAAGAUUUAUGGGGAUAAUAAUAAGAUGAGCAGCCAUAGGGAGCGUCCUUGUUUCGCAAGGCGAAACGUGAGCCCCGAAACCAUCUCGUUUCUGGAUUCUGAACCGGAUUUUGUCUCGAGCCACCCUGAAUCAGAGGUAUUUGGAAGUAGGUGUUUUCGGCAUGUCCGGCAUCCAUCCCCUGAAGGCCUUGCAGAGAUUAUGCUGUUUCAAAGUAGUCUUAUGAUGGGUGGAAGAAUGGAUAGAUUCCGUGACUGGAGACUCGAUGUUGAUAGCAUGUCAUAUGAGCAACUGCUCGAGUUAGGCGAGAGAAUUGGCCACGUGAGUACUGGAUUAAAAGAAGAUGAAAUAAACCACUGCCUUCGAAAGAUUAAGCUUCCAAUGUCGAGUGACGCGGCAUCACAUUCAUCUGGGAAAGUAGAUAGCAAAUGCAUCAUUUGUCAGGAGGAGUAUGAAGCAGAUGACGAGAUGGGCAAACUGCACUGCGGACAUAACUUCCACUUACAAUGUAUAAAACAGUGGCUCACACAAAAGAAUACGUGCCCUUUCUGCAAGGUCGAAGCAAUAUCUAGAUGCUAGGGUUGGUGAAAUCUUCGUAUCCCCUUCGGUACUGGCGUAUUUUCGGUCGCUGUUAUUCCCGGCAUAUCUAGAUGCUAGGGCAAGUAUUCAUUCUUUGGUUUGAAGGUUCCAACUUUAUUUGCUUACUUUGAAGUUGGAGUUUCAGCGGCAUGAAAUUGAACAGUGGUCAUUACACUCAAAAUAUAUUACAGUCUGUUAAAGUGGCUUUUCCUGCCUAAUAUGAAUUUAUUGAUUGCUUGAAUUUUCAAA